GAAGUUUGCGCAGCUCUAAAAAAAUGUCGCAAUCGAACGGCGCGUGCAAUUAAUUCAUCUUCAUUAAAUUUGCACUAUGUGCGUUCAUUGACCGGCAACUUCGGCAAAGCGAGAACAUGAGCGUGAGCAUUGUCCAAUAUUUCGGCAGCCAGCUGGGCAAGUGCGGCUACUGUGCCAACACCAACUGCAGCAAGUCGCACGGAAUGCACUCUUAUCGGCUGGACUGCCAGGACUACCAGGAUCUCAUCGAUCGCGGCUGGCGGCGCUGCGGCAACUACUGCUACAAGAUGCGCAACCGGGAGACCUGUUGCCCGUGUUACACCAUCAAAUGCGAUGCGCUGGAGUUCAAACUUUCAAAGUCACACAAGCGCAUUCUGCGCCGUAUGAAUCGAUUUUUGCGCGACGGCAAGCGUGAGUCAAGCACUGGGGCUGGCACCGGUGAUGGUGACGGCGAUGACGCGCCUGGAGGCGGCGAGGUCACUGCCAGCGAGCCGCAACCGCAGCUGCCCGAUAAGAGUCCGGUCUUGAUCAAUGUGGAGGAGGUUACGUCACUGGCGCAGGCUCAAAAACAGAAGCCAGCCAAGCAGGCGGCGGCGGCGGCGGCGGCUGCUCCAGAUUCUGUGCCGCCGGUUCAAGCUCCAACGCUGGGACCCAACAAAUCAGCUGCAGCACCGAUCUCAAACGCACCGCGCAAGAAGGCCAAGCAAAUGCGACUGGAGCGUCGUCAAGCCAAGCUGGGCGACAACGAACCGCAGGCGCCAAAGGCCUGUCCUUCUCAGGAGAAGAGUCUGCGCGACUUUUUGUGCACGACCGACAGCGAUACCAGCGUUAACAAACAUCAGCUGAAGAUCGUUUUGGUCGCUUCCUCAGACACACAGCGCACCUGCUCCGAUGCAGUGAUAGCCUUGUAUCGCAAAUACCAAAUAGCCAUUCACCACGAUAACCCCGCACGCCUCACCCUAGCCAGUAUGCAGCGGUUCUUGGUCAAAUCAUCCUUGAAGAAUGACAAGCCAAGUGAUGGGCCUGAAAUGGGCUAUGGUUCCUUUCAUCAGCAAUAUUGGCUGGACGAUCAGCUGAUUGCCGUGGGCGUGAUUGACAUUCUGCCAGCCUGCAUAAGCUCUGUGUACUUUUUCUACGAUCCAGACUACAGCUUUUUAUCGCUGGGCACCUACGGCUCACUCAGAGAACUUGACUUGGUGCAGACCAUUGCUGAGAGUGUUCCCGCCUUAAAAUACUACUACAUGGGUUUCUAUAUACACUCCUGUCCAAAGAUGCGCUAUAAAGGCAAGUUAUCCGCCUCGUAUUUGCUCUGCCCCGAGACUUAUGACUGGUUUCUGCUUACCGAUGCCAUACGUUCUAAGCUAGACGAACAAAAAUAUCUUCGCUUAAAUCCCGAUCCUAGCGCCCGGGAUGUGAAUGAGUUCUUGAUGGAGCAUUUAGACACAGUUAUGCUGUUGUUGGAUGCCUCAACCUGCACGGAUUACAAGCAUUAUACGCAGUUACCACAUCAGGAUAGUGAACUAGAACGCGCAAGCGAACGCGAAACUAUUGUAGAAUACAGCAAACUUGUAGGAAAGGUCUGUGCCAGACGCAUGCUCUUCGUAAAUAUGUCCUAAAUAUGAAUUAAAAAUUUUUUAGUCCCUCUGUUUAAAGUUUGUAAUUAAAAUUGUUUAUAAUCAAAGUCCCGUAGCCAAUGAUGUGCCCAAGUAAAUCAGCUUCAUAAAUGAGCACUUGUUUUAAAUUAAA